CCCCAAAAGGCAUGCAGAGAAGAGAACCCAAAAGAACCUUAGAUGUGCGGACCUUCGGCAAAUCACUGCCCUUCUCUGCGUUUGGCUUCCCCAUCCAGGAAAUGGAGGGCCCCCAAAGGGGAUAAUAUUACGUUGCAGCUUCCCAUGGCGACCUCCGGAGAAGGCGGAAACCCCAGUGGCAGAGCGCCCCCUUGGCCCCUGGCACAGCUACAGGAGCUCGAGCCACGGGUGGCCCGCCGACGCCUGUCCCAGGCCCGCCACCGAGCCACCCUGGCAGGGCUGUUCAGCAGCCUCAGGAAAACGGUUUACUCCCAUUCCGACCUCACAGCCUCGAAGUGGCAGGUUUUGAAUAAGGCGAAGAACCACAUCCAGGAGCUGGAACAAACCUUGGAUAAUCUGCUGAAGCUGAAAGAGUCCUUCAACCUGGAGGAUGGGAAUGCAAAUAGCUUAGAGGAGGUUAAGGCCGAAUACGCAAGCAUGUACUCUGGCAACCCCAGCCUGGUCUCAAAUAAGGUUCUGCAGAAAGGUUCUGCCAUCUGGUGCCCAAUCCAGGCAGUCGGGAAGGAUGCUGAAGUGGAGGAAGAGGAGGACGAGGAGGAGGAAGACCAAGAAGAGGAGGAAGAGGAGGAAGAGGAAGAAGAGGAGGAGGUGGAAGAGAAGAAAGUGGAGCUCUUAAACUCCCCAGUCACCUUGCUGCCGGACCUCAUGGAAUUUGAACGGUAUCUCAACUUUUACAAGCAGACGAUGGACCUUCUGAUCGAGAGCGGGAUUGUCUCCUUACACGAGGUGACACUCCCCAUUGUCUCUGCUGCUAUCUCCCACCUGUGGCAGAACCUCUCUGAGGAGAGGAAGGCCAGUCUCCUGCAGGCCUGGGCACAAAGGCACAGCGACCUCCAGGGCCUUGGCGGGGCCUGUCAGGAGCCGGCCUGUGCCGACGGCAGCAUGAAGGACAGUGGGUUUGACAGCCAAGGCGCCAGCUGCUCUCUCGUCUCCACCCCGGAGGAGAUACUCUUUGAAGAUGCUUUCGAUGUGGCCAGUUUCCUGGACAAAAACGAGGCUCCGAGUACCUCCAGCUCUAGUUCGGUGUUUGCCAGCCACAUCCCAGAAUAUCCGGAGGAGAAGUUUCAGCUCUACAUGCAGAUCAUCGAUUUUUUUAAAGGCCUUUGCUGUAUUAACCCUCAGUUAAAACAGGAACCAGACCAGCCCAUUGACGAUGAGCUGGUAAUGCUGAGGUGCCUGGAGACCUUUGAUGAUGAAGAUCUGUGACACGGAAUGGCUGGGACAGGACGGGGUGAAGGCGGUGGGCAGUUUCCAAGUAUUAAUGCCGGCAGCCAAGGCUGUACCCACCUCCCCCUUCCGGAAUAUUGCAGAAUGUCCCAGAGCAUUUUGU